AGCAUAUUUAAGAGAGGAAAACAAAUAGCAUUAUUCAAUGGCACAUGCUGGUAGAAAAAACUUUCGAUUAGAGAAAGAGGGCAACAGAUCAAAUAGUAACAAAGCAGACACUGUUAGGUCAACUAACUGGAAGAGAGAUGAUUUAAUCUUGAAGAAACAAACUAGUUCCUCAAGCCUAAAGAUUUUGGGACAAGAUGAUGAAGUGUCAGAAGAUGUUUUAUGGAAUGGCUCUAACUUUGAUAGGAACACACCUAUUUCCAGCCGAUCAAGUUUAAGUUCUGGCUCAAUGUCUAGAAGAACUCCAACACCCUCUAAACAGAUCUCUUUACAGGCAGUCAAACGCAAAGAAGAAAAGAUUGAACCUUUAGAGGCGAUAGAUUGGAAUGAGAUAGAUAAACCUAACAGGACUGAUGAGAGGGUACCAACAUUACCUAUAGCAGUCAGUGAUGAUGAUUCACUUUCUCCUAGAAACACUCCACUAUCUGCUGAAGAUCAACUGGCUCUAAUUGAAGAUCGAACUAGACAAAUGACCUCCGCCCUUAGCACAUGUCGUAUAGAUGAAGAAGAAGCUAGUCUUUCAAAACAACUUGAACAGAUUGAAACAGAACGCGAGGAGAGGGAAAGAAAACUAAAUGUUGAAUUACAAAGACAUGGUGUUAAAACUGAUAACAAGUUAACUAUUGAGGAUGGACAAUUCACAUAUAGAAAUGAUCAUUUCAGAGAUUUAUCAAAUCGAGAUCAUAGAGAUAAUAUUGAUAGUGAUUUUAUAUUAGAUGGAAUGGGAAAAAGUAAAAAUAAUUUAGUUCAAGCGAAUUCCCAGCAUCAGAAAAGAAAAAGAGAAAAUGAGAUCAGUAAAAAUGUGUUGGAUAAAAACGAGAAGACACUUAUAGGUGAAGAAAAAGACAAACAAGAAGUAAAACCGGUUGAAAAUGAAAGUGAGAAAAAUGAUGAGGGUUCAGCAGAGACAUCUAGUGAUGAGGAAAGUGACGAUGAGGAGGACGACCUUAUUGGAGAGAAAGGGAAAGCCCCUAAUAAUCUUCUUAUGGAGUUCUUAUCAUGUAUGAUGGAAGAGGAUUAUGAAAAUGCUGAGAAACUAUGUAAAAUGAUUCUGAUAUAUGAGCCUGAGAAUGAAGAGGCCUUGAACUUUUAUCCUUUGAUUCAGGAGAAAAGGAGGCUAGAAGAAGAAGAUGAUGAUGACGACGAUGAUGAUGAUGAAGAUGAUGAUGACGACGAUGAUGACGAUGAAAGUGAUGAUUCUGGGGAAGAAGUCAGUGAUGAUGAUGAUGAAGAUGAAGAAGAUGAUGAUAGUUCAGAUGGUUCCGAGAAUGAGCCUUUCCCCCAUGCAGAUUCUGGUAUUGCUUCUGCCAACUCUGAUUAAAAGCAUAUGUUAUCAUAGACUCAGAGUGAAAAUGUACACCAACUCAGAUUGGAAACACAUGUUUGUAUAUAGAGUGACAGAAACUACCAACUCACGUUGGAAACAAAGUCUGUACAUGACUCAGUGAUAAUAUAUACCAUCUCAGACUGAAAGCACAUGUCUAAAGACUGUACAUGAGUGUUAAUAUAUACCAAUUUGUAUAGAAAACAUAUGUCUUUACAUAGACUCAGUGAUAAUAUAUACAAAUUUGUAUAGAAAGCAUAUGUCUGUACAUUGACUUGUGAUAAUAUAUACCAAUUUGUAUAGAAAACAUAUGUCUUUACAUAGACUCAGUGAUAAUAUAUACCAAUUUGUAUAGAAAACAUAUGUCUUUACAUAGACUCAGUGAUAAUAUGUACCAAUUUGUAUAGAAAGCAUAUGUCUUUACAUAGACUCAGUGAUAAUAUAUACCAAUUUGUUUAGAAAGCAUAUGUCUUUACAUAGACUCACUGAUAAUAUGUACCAAUUUGUAUAGAAAGCAUAUGUCUGUACAUAGACUCAGUGAUAAUAUAUACCAAUUUGUAUAGAAAACAUAUGUCUUUACAUAGACUCAGUGAUAAUAUAUACCAAUUUUUUAGAAAGCAUAUGUCUUUACAUAGACUCACUGAUAAUAUGUACCAAUUUGUAUAGAAAGCAUAUGUCUGUACAUAGACUCACUGAUAAUAUGUACCAAUUUGUAUAGAAAGCAUAUGUCUGUACAUAGACUCACUGAUAAUAUGUACCAAUUUGUAUAGAAAGCAUAUGUCUGUACAUAGACUCACUGAUAAUAUAUACCAACUCGGAUUGAAAGCACAUGUUUCCACCACUUAAAUUUUCAAAGUUUACUACAUACAGUAUUAAAACAUUAUUCAUGGUUCCCAGUAACAAGUUUUCCAGGUGACAAGUUUAUACUAUACAUAUUUGUUUUAAGUACGUUACCCAUGUUUAUAACUUUUGCAUGUUAUAUGAUCAGAAUUCUGCUUUGCUACAAUUACAAAAAGAAUCAAAGUAACUCCUUUGUGGUUCAUCAAGAUAAAAUAGGUUAACAAAGCUUAGAAUUUAGUUAACAUCAAGGAAAUUAUGUGCAUCAUUUUUUUCUUUCCUAAGUAAAGGCCUUUUAAAGUGGAUUCUGCACUAGUUCAAAAAGUAUACAAGUUAGAUACAUGAAACUUAUAAUCAUUAGUGCUAUUCCCUUGAUAAAGAUGUGGGAUCUAUAUAUUUAGGUCUUUAAUGUUGGUUGUAUUUUCUUUUUAAGUAUUGAAGUAUAUACAAAGCAAACGUGUGCAGUCCAAAAUUUGUUCAUUUACCUUUGAUGACCACAAACAAUGCAAGGUUAUUCUCAGAUUGAAAAAGAAUAUUUUUGAAACAAGAAUAUAGUCAUUUUUGCUAGUUUUACUCGCCAUCUAUACCAUUGUCUAUACCAUUUGCUUUCAAGUCACUGUAACUAUGGUUGACAUUUUAAUUAGACAUGUUUCAAACUAACUCACAGAAUCCAUUCCUACAUAAACUAGUCUUUCAUUAUACCUGUAUCAGUCAGUAUUCUGUAUAUGCAUGUGUUUAUCCAUUUCAUUUUUUUAUUCGCUUUAAACUUUUUAGUAGGAACAUUGUCAUGGCCAUUGGAUGAUUUUGAGGUCAUAAGGUCAAAGAUUUAUUUCUCUAUAUGCAAGACAAACAUGAGCAAAAUAUUAAAAACUUACAGAACAAUAAAAUAAA